AUGUCCUCUUCCACGCCAUCUCGAUAUAAUCCUUCAGCACGUUCAUCAUAUCCUUCUUUCCUUUCCGUGCAAGAGUCCCUCAUACUCCAAUUGAAGUGGGUGAAACGUGGCCUCGUAGAUGCGUUUCGGUGGGACCAUGUAAUUUCGACAAUAGCGGAAGACUCUGAAGUUCGGGCCAACGUUUACAAGUCCUUGCUACUCAACUUGCUUUCAUUAACGUCCAUCUACACAUUUGACCUCCUACUUCUACCGCUAGUGCGAGAUCAACAAAAAUGGCUACAUAGAAAUGUCGGAUGGUUCUACCAAGGUUUAUGGUUGUUCCCAGUGAUAGGUCUUUCAUUCUAUCUGAAUGUAAUUAACAGUUCCUGGUGUAAUAUCAUUGCUGAACGCACUUUUGCGCUAAAACAUGGGAAUCGUUCGUUUGCUCGGCAACAGGCAGUGACAUAUACUGGAAUGUUGAAGUCCAUCGCAACGUCAGCGUAUCGUGUCGUGAUGGUGUUUACUUCCCUGGUCGUGUCGUUCGCAUUGGGCCAUAUCCCGUUUGCGGGUCCAAUAUUAGGGUUCUCGUUCUUGAGUUGGCUUGAUUCCUAUUACCUUUUCGAAUUUGUUUGGAUUGCACGGGGAAUGUCGCUGUCACGGAGGGUACGGUAUCUGGAAGAACGUUGGGCUUAUUAUCUUGCUUUUGGAUUGCCGUCAGCAGCUCUAUGCACCCUGGGAAGUGGACUAGCCAGUGCAGCUAUUUUCGCACUCGUGUUCCCAUUAUACAUCGUGAUGGCCAUGCACGCACGUCCUGUUCCAGAUGAUCCAUACAAUCCGGUUUCCGAAACGGAUGUUGUGCGACAUCCCUCUCCGUUCAUUCCGAUUCGACUACCUGUCUUUGCACUAGUGAUGUUUCUCAAUGACUGGAUUGUCAAGAUUCUCAGUGUCGGAGGGGGUUCGAGAACUAGAAACGUGCAUCGUAGAGGGACCAGUGGUGAUGAAAGCGUUGAAGAGGGCGAACGAAUGGAGAUGCAGACUAGAAAUGCCACCCCUAGCUUCAACUCUAACAGGUCCAAUAAUUCACGAAUCAACAUCGGUCGGCGAAAAUUAGAUUAA